AUGGCUGAGGCUGGCAUCCUGCAGGACAGAAGGCAUGCAGACCCGACCAAUGAGAACAAGUGGACACUGCGUCAAUAUCGCUAUGGGCGCGGACACGGGCCUAUCUACAAGAUAAGCAAGUGGAUCGAGGAGGAGCUGCCGGACCUCGUGGACCUGAACUGCAAACAGUCUUUCGAGAAGAAAGAGAUGACGCCCGAAGACAUCAUGGUGCUGCUCGGCACAUUCUGGACGCAGGCAAGGCAUAUCCCUUGCCUCCCACAGACACGAGUAACCUUCCACUGUGCCAUUCUCAUCGCAGGGAUUGACGGAUUCCGACCCGGCGAGGUCAUGAAUCUAAAGUACCGCCAGGUCGCCUUUGAGCUUGUGCGGGAUCCGCGGGACCCUUUGAAGCAAAGGUUUUCGUUCUGUGUUACUACUAUCCCUUAUAAACCGAUCUGCCUGGUCAGCUUGCUACUGGCUCAGGCGAUCGCUAAUCAGGCCUUCAAAGCAGAUUUCAAAUCUCUCGCUGAUAUCUUGGAACGGCCUAACCUUGGCCAGAUAGAUUCCCUCCCUUUAUCCUGGCCCUGCGACCCCGAUGCUCCCCUUUAUCUUACAGAAGCAGAUAUCGAAGCGUUCGAGAGCCGCCAGGAUCUUACCGAUCUCUGUGCCGCGUAUCGCGAUGCCGUGGCACGUACUCCGUCCGAUGACAAGGAUGCUAAGUGCAUAGCGGGCAAGAUUACAUGGAUCAGGAAGACCCUGGCCAAGGAACAGCUGCGCAAGAUGAGAAACGACUAUUUCGAAAGGACUGACAGGGUUCGGGCGCUGGCGAAGUAA